AUGACCUCUGGUGUGUGUCGAAACAUGCGUAACAUUGUCGAGUGUGACACCGUAAUUAGUUUUUGAUAUAUUUCUCAUAAUUGUUGGUUUUGAUUUUAUUUGAAUAUACGGAACUGUUUCGUGAAAACUAAUGCUUUGUGGUGAACACUGUCGGGUAGCGAAAACAACUUGUUCUCUUCGAGAAAGAAACGAAACGAUUCGAGUCUCGUUUGCCAUAACCAAUAAUUUUAGCACAUACUAGUGGCUCCAUCUAUUGGAAAACGCGUAGCCCAUUGUUAUCGACAGUGAAGUUAAAUUGUUAGUGGACUUUAUCUACUAGCGCCGUCUCUUUGAAAAACGUUGAAACUGUUUGUACAUCAUUAUCGACAGCGAAGUAAAUUAUUGGAAUUAAAAAAAAAACUGUUUUUAAGCUUGCAUUUUGAAGUUAAAAUGAAAAAUUAUUUUCCGCACAGUAUAUUCAUAUAAUUACAAUACGAUUGAAAGUUCAAAAUGUAUGAACACUUGUUCAAGAGUCCUCUACACCGUAUCUUCGUAUACGGGACACUAAAGCGAGGAGAACCCAACCACAAUUUGAUCCAAGAUGUUGCAAAUGGAUACGCAAAGUUCUUGGGACUUGGGAGAACCGUUGUUCCGUAUCCGCUAAUAAUUGCCACUCAUUAUAAUAUACCAUUUUUGUUGAAGAAACCUGGCUUUGGUCACCAUGUAUUUGGUGAAGUAUACGAUGUCGACACGAAAAUGUUAAAAAAGUUAGACGAAUUAGAAGAACAUCCAACGUUUUACGAACGAUCAGAGGAAGAUUUGUUGAUUGCUCCAGAAGGCAAGGCCAAAUCGAGCGAUAAUUUUGAAGAGAUCAGUACCUUGACAAAGGUCUGGAUAUAUUUUUUACCAAGGUUCAGGGCGUCCUUGUUGGAGAAUCCCAUGUACAGCUCGUACAGCAACGAGGGAAGUCACGGACUCAAAUAUUGCGAAAACGAGGAGAGUACAGUAAGGCCGGAAGACCUACUCUGAUCAAGCUGUUUUGCAUAAUAUGUUGUUAACCCCAUCAUCGCAUGAACGCUUCAACUUCAUGUUUGUUAAUCGUGAUAGUUAAUAAAAGAUUUUUCGUCGAAUGAAAACCAUUGAAAUUUAAUCCUCUGCAGUCUAAUAUGUCUUUUUACCAUCAACAAGCAAGUUUCCUACUCAAUCUUUUUUUUUCUUCGACAUUUAAGACUCUAGAGGUUUAAAUAUUAUCUCUCGUUAAUUUCCAUCGCAACGAGUUAACAAGCGCUAUGUUCUCUCGCAUAAAGUGAACCGACCGUUGAAAAAACAUUUUGACAGUACAUAUAACAAUGAAAAGUGUCUCCAUAAAUACCUAUGUACAAUCUCGAAAAUAUAUCUUGUAAUAUAUAAUUA